UAAAAUACCAGGAAAUGUCUGUUGUGUAACUUGUGUCGUCAUAUUUCAGCGACGGAGCAGUAACGUUACUAAUGGUGACCUUGUAACCAUGGUAACAGCGCUACAGUCUUACAAACGAGACGUCACAAUCGCGACGUUGCAGGGAUUUAUGGUGUUUGUAGGAUUACUCUGUGUGUCAGGUUUGUAAAGCAUUCUUUUAACCAUGAAGUUUCUUGGUCCUGAUGCAUGCUCUUUGUCUGAGAGCCUAAUUGAUGAUGAAGCUGAAAAUGAAUUUCUGCGUUCCAAGCCCACUUGCUUCCUUAUACUUGGAAAACCAGGUGCUGGGAAGUCGACCCUUGCUAAAAAACUUGCACAGACUUGGAAAUGUGUCCUCAUCAAUGACACAGAGUUGCUCAGCAGUCAUAUUCAUGAUGGGUCAGAGCAAGGGACAGAGUUUUUAGCAAUUCUGAAAGAAGGAAACAGCAUUCCAGAGGAGAAGAUGAUGACAUUAGUUCUUGAAAAACUAAAAACACCAGAAGUGGAAAACUAUGGCUAUGUUCUGUCGUGCCUACCAUCAAUGUCUGGGGAAUAUCUAAACAUACAAGAGCAAAUGGACUUCAUAAAAAUGCACCCUCCAGACAUCAUCAUUAACAUUAAGUGUGCAGACAAGGACCUGAUCAAUCGCCUUGCAGGCCAGAGGCAGCACCCAAACAUGCAGCUGGGGAAUCCAGUGAAAAAGGUGUCAUCUACGAUUGAUGCAGAGGGAACAGGUGAGGAAGAGGACGACGAGCAGAUGGAAGAGGAGGCACAGGAAGAGGACAGGAUGAGCGACUCGGUCAGGUUAAAAGAGCAUUAUCCAGAGGAGGCUCAUCGCAGGAUUCUUCUUUAUAAAGACAGAAUACUCAAGUUUUUGGAGGACUUCAUGGCAUCUCAUGAUCCCCGGUAUUUACUUGAAAUUGAUGGAAACAAAGAUCCAGAGGAGAAUUUUGAGUAUCUUAUAUCUCGCCUGGACUCCAUGGCUGUGAGAAGAGCAGCUGUACCUAUGCGCUUGAUAACCACAGAUGAGGAGGAAAUUCCUAAGGACAUGGACACUGAAGAGCAGUUGAACAUGCUGUCCUACAGCAAGACACUAGCUCCAGGCUUCCGGUGGCAGAGGAGUCGCUGGAGCUGCACUUGUCCUGUUGCUCUCAAAGAAGGCAGAAUGAUCAGAGGCAAUCCUGAAUUUUCUGUGAGCUUCCUGAAUAAAAUAUACAUCCUGUCCUCCCAAGAGGCUCUGCAGAAGUUUCUGGUAAAGCCAAGAUGGUACCUGCUCCCACCCAUGCCACGCUCACCCUGCAGAGUGGCUGUGAUUGGGCCAUUACAGUCAGGAAAGAGCACUCUGAGCACACUCUUGGCUGAGUAUUACGGUGCAGUUGUGAUAGAUAUGAAGAAACUGAUGGAAGGGGUCAUGGACAAAAUGAGGCAAGAAAGGAUGGAGAAAGCACUGCAGGAAGCAACGAUUUCAGCAAUAGAGAAGGUCAAAGUCCAGAUGCACAAGGAUGAGUGUGAAAUGGAGGUGACGGAGGAUCACCCAGAUGUUCAAGCUUUCGUAGAAGAAGCCAUGAAAGAAGCAGAAAAGAUGGCAAUUGAACAACUAGAUGAUGUGUGUGCAAAUGUCCUGGAAAAAUGGAUCAGACAGAUUCAGGUAGAAGAUGCAGAUGCUGUGUUUAAAAGAGGCUGGGUGCUGGACAACUACCCCACCACCAAAUCCCAGCUGGCAGCCAUUCAGGAGCUGCAUCCUGACCUCAUGCCUGAUGUGGUGUUCUGUCUCAGUGACAGUGAGGAAGAAGGAAGCACAGUUCUGAGGAGAAUUUAUGAACAGAACAAGAAAGAGGUGGAUACAGUUGUACGAGCUCAACUACAGGAGGCACAGCAACAGAAAGCAAGAGAAGGCCAAAAUACUCAUCAGCAGGUGCUGGUUUCAGAAGAGGCUCAGACAGGGAAUGUUCUGGAGGAGGAUCCUGAUGUUACUGGGGCGAUGUUGCCUAAUACAUGGGGCCAGGGCUAUCCUCCUGGCCCAGCGAUGGACAUGUAUAAGCUUCAGCUACUAAGAUUCAGGCAGGAGUGGAACAGCCUGGAUUACUCCAUCGGCUGCAGCUAUGUUACACUGGAGAUCGCCAACAAAACUCCUCAGACUUUACUCCAGGAGAUGGUUGAUCAAAUGGAACGACCAUUUAAGUACAUGGCCCAAGAGAUGUCCAGCAUGGAUCUGGAUAAAGAGGAGGAGGAUAUGCCUAAUGAAGCAGAGGAAAGCAGCAAUAAACGGUUGCUUGGGGAUACUAACAUGUACUGCCCAGUUGUGCUGAGGGAAGAGGGAACUUUGGUCCCCUGCACAAAUGACAUUGCUGCAAAAUACAGAGAGAAAAUCUACUAUUUUUCUAGCACUGAAGCACUGGAUACGUUUCUGCAGACACCGGAGCUCUUUGUCCCAACUACUCAGCUACUUAAACCUCCUGCUCUGCGUAUGUUCCUGCUGGGGGUGCGUGGCUCAGGAAAAACCACUUAUGGCCAGUGGCUGGCGCAGCAUCUGGGUCUCUUUCAUGUUCAGUUCCGUGAAAGGCUUCAAGAGCUAAUUCUGGCCAAGACUCAGACCCGCAUACCCUAUGCAGAUGAGGCAGAGCCACCUGAAGAGCCACCCAGUGAGCUGCAAAGUUUGUUGCAGACACAGACCCAAUCCACAGCUCCACCUGUCGGGCCAGAGGUUGAUCCGAGCCGAAUGGAGAUCCUGUCUAAUAAUGAAGAUCUCCCUGAGGAGACUCCAGCACUGACAGAGGAAGAGGAAUUCAUAAAGUCAUAUCUAUCUGAUGGACAACCAUUACCAUACAAAAUCUUAGAGAAAGUUCUGCUGCAGUUCUGGCAUGAAGAGCCUUACAAAUCAACAGGGUUUAUCCUUGAAGGUUUUCCUCAAAAUUCAGAGGAUCUGUCUUUCCUAGCGGAGCACCACUUAUACCCAGAUACCACCUUAGUUAUGUCUGUAGAGGUGUCAGAAGUGAUAAAGCGUUUGCUUCCCCCACGGCUUGACAGAUGGAAGGAGAGAUGCACAAGAAGGAGAGAGCAGAUGGUGCUACUUAAAGAGCUUAGGGCGAAGGCCAUUGCCCAAAGAAGAGCAGAACUCUUGCCUGAAUACGCACCCAAGUCACCCAGAGACAAGGAAAAUGAGAAAAAGGAUUUGCAGGAAGAUGACCAAGAUGAAGAUCAGCUGAACUGGGAGCAAGAGCUGGAAGACAGGCUGCUAGAGGAGUUUCCCCAGGAGGAGAAAGAGGAUGGAGAGGAAGAAGAGUCAGAGUCCAGUGCAGAGGAUCGGAUAAGAGCAGAGAUCAGUGAGCAGUUUGACAGGGAUGACAGCAACCUCACCAUGAUGAUGGAUGUUCUGACUGAGUACCGGAUUCCCUACCUCACCAUCAGUACUGGCCGGAAGCCUCACAUUGUGCACACCCAGCUCAUAAAGCAAGUCAAGCCCCUGUUGGAGAACAGGGAGGCGCUAUUUCAACGGUGUCACCCCAUCAGCUUUGCCACUGCUCAAAAACUCCUCUACAGCAACUACAAGUUCUACAGUGUCUUUGGUUGUUGGGAUCCAUUCCGGUAUGCAGAAGGUGAUCUGCUCCAGCAUAUGCAGGACCCCCUUAAUCCUAGCUGCCCUGUCCUUUUCCACAACUUUGUUUACUACUUUGUCUCUGAGGAGACACGCAACGCCUUCAUGAUCAACCCUAUCAAGUAUCUCCGUCAGCCCAAGCCCAGCCCGUCCCUGUCUAUCAAAGUUGCCAUCAUUGGUAGUCCGAAAUCUGGAAAAACCACAGUUGCUCGCAUGUUUGCUCGUGAAUAUGGACUGGCGCACCUAUCCAUCGGUGGUGUAAUACGGACGGUGCUCAGCAUCCAAGACAAGAUGGAUCUCGCCACUGAGGUGCUAAAGUACUUAAGAAAGGGGUUGACUGUUCCAGAUGAACUGGCCAUUCAGUGUCUGGAGGCAGUUUUGCUGAACUCCAUCUGCAGCUCACGGGGGUAUGUGCUGGAUGGAUUUCCCAUGACUAAAAGACAAGCAGACUUGAUGGCAGCUCGCCGCAUUAUUCCUGUCCGAGUGAUCGAGCUGCAGCUGGAUAAAGUUGAAAUGCUGAGAAGAGGCAUGAAAGAUAAGAUAAAAUCAAACAGGCCACAUGACAGCACUCAGUUCCUGGACAUCCGGAUCUCCUGCUUUAGGCGUGAAGUGCAGGCCCUCAGGAAACAUUUCCAGCAGCAGUACCAAAACUGGGUUCCAGUUGAUGCACACAAAAGCAGUUGGUGGGUUUUGCAUCGAGUUCUGGGUGAAGUCCGAACAAGUAUGCGACACAUCCACAACUACCUAGAUAGAAUCUGUAAAGGCCAAGCUGCCAGCAUAGCGCAUUUGGGUGUUACUCCACGUGAACUUGAGUCUCGGCUGGGCGAGUUUGGCCAUUACUGUCCUGUUAGCUUGGCUCUCCAGAAACACCUGGUGGACUGCUCCCUUCACAACUCCCUGGAGCUGGCUGCAGAGUUCAGGAGGCAGUACUACAAAAUGGCCACCAGGGAGUAUCUUGAGAAGUUUCUUGAGGCUCCAGAGCAGUUUGUGGCCCCAGUUUGCCCUCACAAGUUGCCCCUUCCCCAUCUUCUUCCCCGUAAGCUGAGUGCAGGCCAGGUGAAGAGCCGCUUCCCUCAGCAGGUGGAGCUAAAAGGAUACUGUCCAGUCACAUACUUAGAAGGCCAGCAGAGUUAUGAGGGUCUGGUUCCUGGUAAUAUGAACUUUGCAGUGGAAUACCAGGAGAAGAUCUACGUUUUUGAGACUGAGGGGAAACAACACAAGUUUCUACGGUCACCUGAGACUUACUGCAAUCAGAAACUUCCUCAUAAACUUCGACCGAUGGGAGACCCAGUAGACCUGACCUCUUUGCCAAUACUGGGUUAUCUGGAACAGGGAGUAGCCAAAGCCAUCAUUAAAGGCAUGACAGAGCUGGGCAAGCUCAAGCCAAAGUUCCCGUACCUCAGCAUGAAGAGAUCUGCUGUACACUACCUGGCCCUACAUCUUAAAGCACACAACAGCAGAUCAACAUACACUCAGAAGAAGUAUAAGAAGAAGCUGGUUCAGUAUGAGGAGGACUGUGAGCUCAUCUCCUACCUGAGUUCCAUAUUCAACCAAAACUUUAAGCCUCCUCAUGAACUUCCAGCAGAUUUUAACCAGAAGCUUCACAGGUUUCUUGCCUUGAAGGAUUCAACAAAAACUGCGUCAGGACUUCUGUAGGCUGGAGGGAAUUAAUCAGACAUGACAAUUUAAUGCUGUCUUACAGCAGAAUGAAAGUUAAAGCAAACAGGACAGAGCCAGGCUUACGAUUGGCUUCUCGUUUGUUUAGACAAAAGCAACAGCACAUUAAGUAUUGAUUUAGGUCUGGAGGAGCAGGCAACACUCUCAUACAGUAUGUGGUAAUAUGGAUCUCCGACAGUAGAAAAUGUUCCUGGGCGGGCACAGGAGAAAAUCAGUUUCAGAGCUACUCAGAGAGGUUGUUGCUAACUGGCUGGAUGGAAAAACACCACCUCAGCCCGAAGAGGAUUGCAACAGCAAUGUGUGUGUGAUGAAACUGCCCUUCGUCCAAGUUCAUCUCACAGUUGUCCAACCUUACCAAAAGCUAAUACAGCUCACACUCCAUGAAACUCUGUACAAAGUAAGUAAUGUUAAACAUCAUUAAUGCUUACUUAG